CGUAUCUGCAGCAGACCGACGCGACGCGAAGCAAUCCGCAUUUCGAAUGAGAAUUAACAGCAGAAUGGCUGACGAUAUUGAAUCCCCAGUUCUCUCCAAGGCAACGUUCUACAGUGAUCUGAAUGGGACUUCCAAAGGCGAAAUAUCUCUUAUACUCUCCAUCAACCCAGCAUCCGUCUUUCUCAGGGCCUCCAUACAGCUUCUCUUGUGUUCCUUUGGCUUCACUGAAGGUCUCAUACUUCAGGUUUUCUUGGACUUUGCAGUCUUGACCUUACCCUUGUGCCUGUCGGUCACUCUCCUGAGCGAUGGCGCUCUACAUAUUCUCCUCACCGAGGUUGCCCUCUCCUUUUCCUUGCUCUUUCUGGCAAUCCAAAUCAAGAGUACAAAGCAUAAAUAUAUCCCUCUGAAGCAGCUCGGCCAGACACCUAUGGAAGGCAGACUCCCUUUCAUCACAAACUUCCGAGUGUUGAAUAAUAUCGGGGUUGCUGUCGGCAUCCUGGCAGUGGACUUUGUAGUGUUCCCUAGGAGAUUCGCCAAGACAGAGACAUUCGGUACUGGUAUCAUGGAUGGAGGAGUUGGUGCAUACGUUCUGAUGAAUGCAAUUGUUUCACCUGAAGCUAGGGGGCAGUAUCAGAGGUCAGGUUUGAAGCCUAUAAUGAAGUCUCUCACAUCAUCUUUACCACUCUUGGUCAUCGGUCUUGGUAGAUUGGUAUCUGUUAAAGGGAUAGACUACCAUGAGCAUGUCUCUGAGUAUGGGCUACACUGGAAUUUCUUCUUCACGCUGGCUGCUACUAAGAUUCUAUGCACCUUGAUUCUCCUCUUCACCCCCGUGAGCUGGAGUGCGGUCAUAUCUCUCUCCCUGGCCGUAGGCUACCAGGUCCUCCUGACCCAGCAUGGCCUCGAGGACCUGGUCUUGCAUGGUACAGACCUCAACGACUCCAGGGAAGGGUUCUUCAACGCUAACAGGGAGGGUCUGGUGUCGUGUCUGGGGUAUGUGGCUAUCUACUUUGCUGGUGUCAGGCUCGGCCAAUACCUGCUGCAGCCAAGGAAAAUUGUUAGCGAGUGGCUGAAAGUGUUGGCAUAUCUCCUUUUAGCCGAUGUUAUCUUAUGGAUCACCCUUAAACACGUAGAAGCUCGCAAAGGAUUGACGAGUAGACGGCUGGCCAACCUCCCAUAUGUCAUUUGGAAUGUUGCAUACUGUUUACAUGUGCUUUGCGGUUUUCUCCUCAUUGACAUCAUAAUGACCAUCAUUAGACAUCAUUAUUUAGCUAAAGACAAAUCACGGCAGCUCUCUCUAUUGGUGUCUGCGAUUGGUCGAAAUCAGCUGCUGUAUUUCUUACUGGCCAAUGUACUGACAGGUCUUGUUAAUCUAUCGAUAGACACGAUACAUCAGCCCGACGUGACAGCCUUUGGCAUCGUUGCUUUGUAUUUAUUUGUACUGAACUUUGUGCUAGUAUUCUUCCAUCAAAAGAACAUAAGUACCAAAUUCUGGUAACAUUUUUGCUUGUCAGUGCAGGAAAGGGUGUGGUGCAAUCAGUAUGUCUUUCACUCCAAGGAAUAAUAAUCUUGUUUAUUGUGAUUUGCUAUGGUAAAACAAUGAGGUUUUGUUAGUUGGCUCAUGUUCUCAAUAUAGUUUAACUCAUUGUAAUACUUACAUUGAUAUACAGUUAACUCUACAUAACUUGCAGAGGUCAAAUUUUCCCAGUCAUUUUUUUAAACCAAACUAACGUAUGUAAAAUGUGUAAUUGUCACUUUCUAAGUCGCAUUUUGCAUUUAUAAGUCAAACUAGUUUUUGCGUUCCCAACAAAUUUGACUGAUGUAUAAUUCCCCAAAUAUGUCACAAAGUUGAAACUAUCUGUGCCAAAUCCACAACAUUCAAUUAUGAAUGAUAUAAUGUCAUGUAUGUGAAUCAUUUUUAUGUCAAUAAACUUUUAAGUAUUUUGAUCAGUGA